GACUGGUCUGCUGGCAACUUAACACUCCUUCCACGGAAAUCGUAUAGUCGACCUUCGAAAAAAAAGAAAGCACAACUUGAGAUCGUCAAAUCGAUUACACUUAAGAACAUCACUUAUACCAUUACUAGCGCUCAUUACCGUUCGCGAAUUUAGUCCAAGAUGCACGCCAAGCUCAGCAUCCUGGCACUUGCCGCCGUCGCUUCGGUCCAGGAGGUUUGCGCCGGCCCUGUCCACCGUCACAAGCACCCCCAGAAGGAUGUCGUAUACCAAUACGCUGACGUUGUCGUCGUCACUGAGUGGGUCACCCACACUGUGACUGCCGGCCUUGACCCCACGCCGCCGCCUGCACCGGUUGUCGAGGCUCCCGCGGACCCGUCACCACCUCCUCCGGUGUCGUCUGCUCCUCCUGCACCGCCUCCCGCGGAGUCGUCUGCUGCUCCUCCACCGCCUCCCGCGGAGUCGUCUGCUGCUCCUGCACCGCCUCCCGCGGAGUCGUCUGCUGCUCCUCCACCGCCUCCCGCAGAGUCGCCUGCUCCUCCACCACCGCCACCUGCUCCCGUCAGCAAGCGAGGUGCCGCGUACAAUGACCCGCGUCUUGUUGAGGCUAUGGUGAGCCAGACCGACAAGAUCACAUGGGCGUACAACUGGGGAUCUGAUUCCGGUGGGUUGCAAGCCAAGAUUGCCUUCUACCCUAUGCUCUGGUCUCCCGCACCUGAUCACUCCGGCAACUGGGAUGAGAAGGCCGAAGCUGCCAUUGCCGCGGGAUCCAACAGCCUUCUCAGCUUCAACGAGCCAGAUAUCCCUAGUCAGGCUAACAUGUCUCCUUUGGACGCUGCGAACGGUCACAAGCAGUAUAUGAACAAGUAUGCUGGCAGGGCUAAGAUCAGUGCUCCCGCCAUCUCGAGCAGCCAGAGCCCGGGUAUGGGUAUUGAAUGGCUCAAGAAUUUCUUCGAUGCUUGCGGUGGCCAAUGCCAAGUUGACUUCUGCGCUGCUCAUUGGUACGGACCCGGAGGUGACGAUGGUGCGAGCCUCUUCCUGGACCACAUCAAGAAUGUUCACGACGCUUGCCAGGGCAAACCUGUCUGGGUUACCGAGUUCGCGGCAGAGAGCGGCGAUGUCGACCAAUUCAUGAGACGCGUCACCGAGGGACUCGACAGUGAUGAGUUCAGCUUCGUCGAGAAGUACUCGUACUUCAUGGUCAACCAAGGCAGCCUUAUGUCUUCGCCGACGCAGUUGAGUUCAUUCGGCAAGAUCUUCGCGGGUAUCUAAGACAGCUUCCUUCGAGUGAUAGCAAUUUUCUAUUCUUUCAUGACUUCAUUUUUGGCGUGUUUAAGGAGGGGAAAGGAGGGGAAACAACGGAAAUUUUGCAUGGCGAGGGAACACAAGAAAAAAAGUUCGAUAUUUCACUUCUUUGUACAUAAUUCAUAGUUCGGCCGGCCUCGCCCCAGUUUGAGCCCGCUGGAUAUCCAUCUGGAUCUGCUUUGCUUUACCAAACUUGUGUCAACAUGCGCCGAAAAAAGGGAUAUCUUACGGAUCAAGGCAGAUUCAUGAAGAUACGAAUGAAUAACAACGAAAUGAAAGUCAUCUUUCAAGCUUUCUUAUGUGUUGCAGUGGUUUACCUAGUUUAAUUCUUUUUUUUCUUGUUUCGCAUGUGCAAUGUGCCCUAUGCUCUCAUAAGCAAGCAGCAUUAAUUACCUACCUACAUAGGAGGUAGUUUAGGAGGUAGUUGUCGUUGAAUUAUUAUGCUUUUCUAAUUGAACAACACGUUUAAAAG